AUGGCUCGAAAACGAAAGGAGAAUAAAAAAUGGUGUGCUAGACCGUCACGCCAAAAAUCACAUAGAAAAAAGAAAGCCACUCAGAAACCAUCUAAGAUUCGUAAAAAUAAUUCUAAACCAUCUCGUUCAACGAAACCAUCUCGACAAAGAAGAAGAAAAAUCGAUAAAAAAAAUGAUAGUUCUAUUCUAUCAAUAAGUCUUGAAUUACAAUUAACUGAAGAAGUAUUUGAUACGCGAAUAAUACACAACUUUCUAAGUGAAAGAUAUUUAUCUGAAGUUCAACAAGUAUGGCUUUCUUGUCACUGUUGCAUGUGUGAACAUCCAGAAUGCAACAUGCGACCAGCUAAAAAAGAACAUGAAAAAUAUCAUGACUGUAUUGUCAAUGAUAUGAUCUGUGUAUUUUGUUACGAUUUUAUUCCAAAAGAAAAUACACCUUUUUGUCCACAUUCUCACAGUCGAAAUAUGAUGUCAAUUCCUAUUUCACCUACAUGUUUAAAACUUGGUUUUCUUGAACAACGAGCAGUGGCAAUUAUGCAUUGUUAUAUGAGUAUACUGAUUAUUCGUGGUCAUCAAUCAGCAAUGAAAGGCCAAGUGGUACACUGUCAAGCUGAUAUUGCUGAUAAUAUAGGUAACCUCUUACCAUUACCAAAAUGUUAUGAAUUUAUGGCUGUUAUUCAACAAAAACCAUCCAAUGACAAUAAUGAAAUAAGAUCCACAGUACGAUACUCAGUUAGUGCUAUUCAAAUUCUUAAAGCACUACAGUUUCUAAUUCAAAAUCAUUCUGGAUAUUUAAAUAAACAAGUUCUACCUUUAAGAAAAAUAGAAGAAAUGUUUGAAUGUAGACAUGAAGAUGUUGCUCCUAUAAGAAUUAUUGAUUCGUAUGCUUAUAAUAAUUGUACAACGUCUGCACCAAUUGUUCUUGAUGUUAAUGAAGAGUUUUUUGGUCCUAGUCGUACACUACAAGCAGGUGAAGAUCCUGUAUGGAAAAUUGAAUCUGGAAUGGAAGAAUGUACAUUUCCAUGGAUUUAUCCUACAGGUGAAGGAGGCGAACUUGAUAUGAAAAGACCUAUUAAACUUAAACUACGUGAUUAUUGUAAACUACGAUUGAUGUCUGCUGAUAAAAGAUGGCAAUCAGAUUCUAUUUGGACAUUUCGAGCUAUGAAUUUAAUUCAAAGAGAUGAUCUAUGUACAGCUGUAAAUUAUCAUGCAAAAAAACAAUUCAAGAAAGAUCGUUUAUGUUAUAAUAUAUAUCCAUCAAUUGGAAGAGCUGUACGGGGUACAGCUGCAUUUUGGUCUGUACCUAGAAAAUCUCUACGUGCUAUGUAUGCAACUUUAGCUAAACCAAAUAUUUUCUUAAGCAUUAAUUUACAAGAUGAUGUCGAAUUUUUAACACAUGUUGAUCCAAUACGAUUUGGACAUGUAGAUAACCCAAAUUAUGAUGCAAUUGAUAAUAUUUCUGAUGAUGAUUAUUUACAAUUAGUAAAUGAAAAUAGCGGACUUGUAGCACGAAUGUGUCAUAAGCGAAUGCUUGCAUUUGAAAAAUUUAUUAGUGACAAAAAACAUCCUUUUUUCAUCGAUUAUACCGUUACAAAUUAUUUUUUUAAAAUUGAAUUUCAACGUGGUGGUCUUCCACAUUUACAUACUCUACUCUGGCUUGAUAAUUUUCCUUCUAUUGAUACAUCUGAAGGACGCGAAGCUAUUAUUGAAUUCAUUGAUAAAUUUCUUGAUACAUCAUUACCAAACAAAGAAACAGAUCUCGAAGGUUAUCGACUUGUAAAAAAGAAACAAACACACAUUCAUACGUUUACUUGUUCAAAAGGUAGCGUUAAAGUUCGUAUUCGUCGAGGUCGUAAAUUUAAAGAUGAACAAACAUCAAAGAUUAUCAAAGCAAAUCAUUUAAAAGAUAUUAAUAAAAAUUACUUACAUGAAAAUGAAAUAUAUGAACAAAUAGAUCCUGAGAAAGAUCCCGAUCUACUACAACAAUUAAAAGAUAAGAAAGAAUUUUUUGAACGAUUAGGCUGUCGCUUUGGAAGUCCUUUCAGUUUGGCUAAUGAGAGUCACUUUCGCAGUUAUAAAGAAGCACGUAUAUUAACAAGAGGAGAUCGAGAUAUCAUUAUAAAAAGAUUAACUGAAGAGUCGAAACGAAUAAUUCCAUACAAUUUAAAUUUGUUAAAAACUUUUCGUUGUAACCAUGAUAUUCAAGUUAUUACAGAUCCAUGGGCUUCUGCAGAAUAUUUAUUUUCUUAUGUGGCAAAGAAUGCUCAUAUGGAAAAAAAUUUAGUAUACCAAAUGUCUAAUUGUACUUGUUCAAGUUUAAUGGAGGCUAAAAAUGUUCUUUUGAAGACAGGAAAUGCAGUACUAUCUCAUCGUCAAGUCGGUAAAGUUGAAGCAUCAUGGACUGUUUUAGGUAUACCUCUAUAUCAUUCAUCAAUGAGAUGCAAAAGCUUAUAUAUUUCUUUGCCAUGGGAUGAAGAAAGAAUACUAAAACGUGGACGAACAGAAGUAAAUACUCCCGAUGACCUUGUUGAAUCAUUAACACAUCGAUAUAUAAAACGACCAUCUACUCCAUCUGUUAUUGAUCAUAUGACUUUAUUUGAAUUUUUGACUUGGUUUGAUUUCGAUCGAUCUUCUUCAAUGAAUGUAGCAGAAAUGUUACAAGAACCAUAUGUUGAAAAUCCUCUUUGGCGUACUGAUUUUAAUCAACCACCUCUACUUAAAACAUCAGCUUUACUUCCUCGAAUAGUUUUAUCAUGUGGUACAAUAUUAAUUCAACACAAAGAACCGUCUUCUAUUAGUUUUACUUGUCGUUAUGAUGAUUCCAUGUUAGCUAUUUAUUCGAUUCUUUCGAUCGGAAUACCAUAUCGAGAUCCAUUUGAAGAAUUUCUUAAUAAUAAACAAGGUAUAUGUCUUAUAAAUUUGAUUAAUAAAUAUAUGAGAACUUUAUCUAUUGCUAUUGUAGAGAAUGAUAUAAAAGUCUUGCACCAAAUUUUAUUAAAAAAUCAAAGUAAAUUAAUGCAACAGUUUUCUACAUUACCUGGUGCUUACAAAGUACAAAUGCUUAAUGCACUUGAACAUUUAUGUGACUUAAAUGCUCAUGAUUUUGUUAUCAAACCUAGAACAUCAUUUAUAUUUACAGCAGAAGAUGAAGAAGAUAUUGAAGAUAAUAUUAAUGACAAUAGUAAUGAAAUCAAUGAUAAUAAUACUAUUAAUUGUAAAAUCGAUUUAAAUCAAAAUGCUUUAAAUGAAAAUAUUAAUGAGGAAAAUGAUAUGCAAAUUAACUGUCCUUUUACACGAACCCAAGAAUUAUUAGCAUCAGCUAAUACACAACAACGAUUUUUGAUCAAUUUUUUCAAGCAAUAUCUUCAAGCAGUUAUGCGCUAUGAAGAAAGUCGACGACGCUUCAAGCAUGCGCCAAAACCACUUCCUUUUCAUAUAGUGGUGAAUGGUCUAGCUGGUUCCGGAAAAUCUUAUGUCAUUUCUAUUAUUGAACAAAUGUUAACCGAUUUUUGUAUUAGUGAAUCUGCUAUUCGAAAUCGCCCACGUCCAAGAAAAGGAUUACUAAAAAUGGCACAUACUGGAAAAGCUGCUCUAAAUAUUCUUGGUUGGACUAUUCAUACUGCAUUAGGAAUGCGUCCUGAUAAUACAUCAACACCAAACAAUGCUCCAUCAUUCAAAAUACAUUCUCUACGAAACAGACUCGGUGAUUUAAUCUUAAUAAUUAUUGAUGAAAUCUCACUUGUCUCACAUAGUCUUUUUCAGAAGGUCAAUAAACGGCUGAAUGAAAUUUUUGAAGUAUCCGAUAAAAGUGGUGUUUAUUUUGGAAAUAUUCCUGUUUUGUUAUUUGGUGAUUUGGCUCAGUGUGAACCAGUCGCUGCCAAACAAAUCUUUUGGCGACCUCCCGGUGAAACCUUUUCUCUUUGGGCUGAUUUAUUUAGACCAAUCAACUUCAAUAUUAAUAUGCGACAAGGUGAAGAUAGACAAUUCUUUGAUAUUCUUUGUCGAAUGAGAUUGGGAGAAUACAAUGAAGAAGAUGAAAUUUUAAUAAAGAGUAGAAGUAUUAGAAAAGAAGAUAAUCCACUAUAUUAUAAAGAUCGAUUAGCUGAACUUCAAUCAACUGAAUUUGCCAAUGCUAUAUAUGCAUAUAGUACACGAGCUAAAACAAAUGAGAGAAACUCAAUUAAAAUAAAAGAAAUUGCAACAAAACUGAAAAAACCAAUAUGGAUGAUACAAUCAGUUGAUAAAGUUGGUAUGGCUCGAACCUCAUUUUUUAAUCCAAUUAAAGCAAGCAAUAAGGAUUGUAAAAUUCAUCUAAAACCACCCGAUGAUGAAAAUGAAUGUGGAUCAAUGUUUGAACAGUUGCCGCUAUGUGUUGGUGCACGUGUUAUUUGUCGACGUAAUAUUGAUUUUGAUGGUUCAAUGGUGAAUGGAACUGAAGCAACUGUUAAGGAUAUUAUUUGGGAUAAUAAUGAUAAUAUUAUAUUACCAACGUCGAACCGAUGCGUAUUCCCAAAUCUUGAUCGAGCAAUAAGAGCAGCUUUACCAAAAUAUGUUGAACUCGAAUUAGAUAAUGGUUCAUUAUAUAAAAUGGUUCCAGAAGAAGUCAGCUUCAAAGACAAAAAUGGAAUUUGGAUGACACGAAGACAACUACCACUUAAUCUUGGUUAUGCAAUAACAAUUCAUCGUUCACAAUGCAUGACUUAUAACAAAUUAGUUGUUGAACUUACUGGUAGAAAUUGGAAGUCGGGCAUGUUUUAUACAAUUCUAAGUCGUACAAGAAAAUUAAGUGAUAUUAUUAUCUUGGCAUAUGAUCGUAAAUCUUUUAAAGUAUCCAAAGUUGCACUUAAUGAAAUGUAUCGUCUUGGAACAAUUGAAAAAGAUUACCCGAUUAAUAUUGAACAAUAUUUAAGAACUGAAAGGUAUAUUGAUUGGUGUCUUUCGCUACCCUCUGAAAUUGAUAAAGCAUCAUCGAUAGCAUCAAAAACAAGUAUUGAAUCAAUAUCAAAGCAUGUUAAUAUUAAACAAUUCAAACUUGAAAAGUCAAAUUCAUUUACAAGAAAAUCGAAAAGAAAACCUGAAAAUAUUAUUAUCUGUGAGCAACAAGAAGAAAAUUAUUGUGGUCGACAUGUUCUACGUGCAGUUUCUCAACGACUUGACUUAUUUAGUGAUGAAUAUUUAAAGGAAGUUGCUGAACAUAUAGCAGCUACUGAGCAAAUAUUACAACAUGAAAUCGCAGUAAAUGUUACAGAUUAUUAUUAUGAAAAUACUGGAGAUUAUAAUAUCGAAAUUCUAAAAGUUGCUCUUAGAAAUGUAUUUAAUAUUGAAUUUAUACAAAUUGAUGCAUUAGAAAGAAAUACGACGUCUGUACAAAGUCUAAUUCUAUCUAAUAUUCACAAUGUUCAAGCAUUAAUUAUUCAACAAAAUAAUCAUUAUUAUUGUUUACGUCGUUUUCGAUUGACAAAAGAUUAUUUUUUCAAAAUAGAUUCCAAGUUUCCAUUAUAUCAUGAACCUAUUCAUCGUGGACAUAUACUGAACUUUCUUCGUGCUCUUCUAGCAAAUCACUCAAACAUCUACGUACUUGUGCAUUAUACUUCGGAUCAUGCUGAUGAUCAACUUUCUAUAGAUAAUAUCGAAACAAGACUAUGGCCAUUGCCAGAUGCACCAGCUGAUCUAGAGUGUUUACUUGAUUUACAUCAAACUCAAUAA